AUGGCAUCCGAAAACGGGGACGUGGAUGAAAAUAAUGAUGAAAAUAUAUUAUACGAUCUUUCUGUGCAAGCAGAAUGGCUGUUCGAAAAUGAAACUUUUGUAAGAAUGAUUAUUUGUCUUGAUGCUUCUGUAUUAUUUCCUCGGCCUACUACUGAGAGGCUCAUUGUAAAUUUUUUGACUGUUUUGUUAUUGUUUUACAGCACAGCUACACCAUGUAUUUUACCUCAAAAUCUCAUCAAAUUAGUCAACAGUCAACUCAACUGGCACUUUGCUGUUAGCAGUGAUGGACGAUUUAUUGCAGUUCUCCAAGACAAUUGUAUUGAGAUAAGAUCUGCUCGAGAUGAAUUUGAGUUGUUAGGUAAAGGUGGUAUACCUUUAGACCUGAAUCCACAAUGGAGGUGUGUAACAUGGAGUAAUGAUGAUACGAUGAUAGCUUGUUCUAGAAGUAAUGGUACUGUUGAUGUUUUUGAUAUUGUUGGCACACAUCUAUUUACCAUUCCUGGUGAUGUGAGUUCAUCUGAUACUAUAGGAUUAGACUAUAGUAUGUCUGUAGCAGCACUGAUCUUUAUAACUCAUAUUAGUAAAGAGAAAGAGGUGAUAGAAUUAUUGGUGGUCAACUAUCAUGGUAGUUUAAAAAGUUAUAUAGUUGAUAUUGAUAAUGGCUAUACAUUUAAUCAUGCCUUUGUAUUCUCUCAAUAUUACCCUGUUGGAGUGAGUUCUAUAGUCUACAAUACAAAACAUCAGUUAUUGAUAUUAGGUGGUCUAGGACUGCCUCAAGAUGAAAGUUCAUCACAAGCUAUUGUUGGUGGCAUCACUUGCUGGAGAAGACUUUCGGAUGUACCACAUUAUAAAAUGGUGACUGAUUUAAGUGAAGAUUUGUAUCAGGUACUUUUUAUCUUUUUACGGGAGAAUUGGGGAUUAUGUUAUGAUAUCAUUAGCUGCUACCAAUGUUUCGCCAAAAUUUUGGAUGGUAUUUAUAAGUUAUGUUUAUCACCUAAAGGAGAUAUAUUGGCGGCUGUUCAUUUUUCGGGUAAAUUAUCAUUUUGGGAUGUACCAUCUUUUCGACCACGACAAUCAUGGCACCAUGAAGAGCAGCCCUAUAUAGAUGAAAUCAAUACUAAAGAAGAAAGUAUCAAUAGACAGAAGAGAAAAGUUAUGAAAGAAUUGGUACCACAUAAACAAUUGUUAGAUAUAAAUUUCUGGUCUGAUAAGGCUGUGAUACUGGCACGAUGUACUGGAGCAUUAACUAUAUCAUCAGUUGAAACAUUAGAGAAUUUACUAGGAACAUUACCAGAAUGGUUUUCACCUUGUCUCAAACUGUCCCAAACAUUGGAGGGAGAAUUUCUCAUUUUGGAGUGUGAAUAUAAACUACCAUCAAGAAGUAUACUUGAUACAUCUACUGAUCAAUAUGAAGAUUCUGAUGAAGAAGACGUUACCAUGGUAACCAAGGCCACCAGAUAUACCAAACAAGCUUUGUAUUAUUUAACUGAUAGUGAAAGAUUCUCACCUCCCAGAAAAAAGCCAAUUCAUGUAUCAAAGACAUACAAACUCAUUUCUUUCAAAUCCACUACCCCGGAAGAACUUUAUGCCAGAAAGAUUGACAGUGAAGAAUAUGGUGAAGCUCUAGUAUUAGCUAAGACAUAUGGAUUAGAUUGUGAUUUAGUUUAUCAAAGAAGAUGGAGGAAAUCACCAGUGUCUGUAGCCUCUAUACAAGAUUAUUUGAGUAAAAUUGGUAAGAGAUCUUGGGUUCUACAUGAAUGUUUAGAGAGAGUACCAGAUAAUAUUGAUGCUAUGAGAGAAUUAUUAAACUAUGGUUUAUGUGGAACUGAUUUACCAGCUUUGAUAGUUAUUGGUAAAGGAGAAGAUGGGGGCAGGUUUAUAUUAUGUGAUCCUGAUGAAGGUUUAUAUGAAGAUAUGUCAUUUGAUGAGUUUGAUCCAAGUGCAGAAGAAGAAAGAGAAUUAAGAAAACAGCAGAGAAGCAAUGAACUAUUAAGUCAGAUUGAUAUGAAAAAUUUAACUCUGGAACAGAAAGAAUUGUGUCGAGCUAGAUUAAGGUUUCUACAGUAUCUAGAUAGAUUAAGAACAUAUGAGUGUAUAUUGGGAGGACCCUCAGUGGCGCCUCAAAGAUUUGACUCAGAGUUCUUCAAAGAGUUCAGAUCACAGAACAUUGUGGAAGUAGCUACAGAAUAUGCUAGGAAUGGUGAUUAUGAAGCUUUACAUUCAUUGUUUACGUUUCAUAGUGAAGACAUUCUACAUCAUAGGCUGGCUAUUUUAUCAAAUUUUCCUGAAACAAUGGCACCAUCAGAUUAUCAAUCUCUGCUUCCAAUUAUCAGGAAAGAUGGUAGUAUAGAGGAAUGGGUAACAGAUACAUGGAGAAACAUAGAUUGGGUUGAAGAAGAUGAAUUUAGGUUAGCAGUUUAUCCAAAUCCUGUUGAUUUAGGAACAUUUCUUUAUGAAGAAAAUCCUAAUCUUAAAUCAUUUAGGGUAGAACAGUUGUCCAGUGAAUUAUUAACACAGUGGUAUCAAUACAGAGCAUGUGAAAUAGAAAGAUUAUCCAGACAGGUUGAUAAUAGUGUUGAAUUAGUUAAAAUAGGUGUAAAGCAUGGAAUACAGGAUUUAGAAGAUUUGUUAGAUGAUAUGUUUACUAUGGAAAUGUUGGUAUAUGAAUGUAAUAUAUCAGAUAAUUUAUCCUUUGAUAAAAUACAGAAUAUGUCAGAUUAUGACAAGUUAAAACUUAUAUUCUCAAAGUCAUCAGUUGAAAUGUAUACCAAGAAUGUCAGAAGAUGGGUUGUGCCAUAUUUGAAACAAUGUGAACGCCAUAGAGCAGGUUCAUACAGUCAGCUAUUAAAACAAUAUAUUAUAGAAGAAGCUGUGAAUGAUUUAUCAUUGAUAGUAAAAAUCUUUCAAACUUCUUUACCACAUGAAUCUUUCCCUGUAAUUCCAACACAAGUUGAAUUAAUGAGCUGGGCAUUAGAAUCUAUAUAUUCUUGUCAACGUGAUGAUCAGUUACAAGAAGCAUUAGAUAUAUUUCAAUGUUUACCAGCUAAAACUACAAAUGAUAGUUCACCUGAAAUUAAGAAACUUCAUAAAGAAAUAGACAAAUUAGAGAGACAACUUCGAGUUGUUAAAUUGUUAAAGAAUCAUGGUAUAAAGAAACCAGUUUGUUUUAUUAAACAGACUCAAGAUGAUUAUGAAGAAGCUAAAUCAUUGAUAACGAAGCUGACAAGAUUAUCAUCUAAUCAAGUACCAUAUUUAAAAGGUAGUGAAUGGAUGAGGUUAUAUGAUGAUAUUAUUGAAAUACAAGAUAAAGUCUAUAGGUGUCUACCACAAAGUGAAUGUCAAGAGAUAUUUGUAGAAAGUUUACUAUGUUCUAGUAGACUAGAUAAUAUAAAACUAGCUGGUGAAUUAAUAGAACAAUAUAAUGAUGAUAAUAGAACUACUAAUAGAGUUCAAUAUAAACAAGCUAUACAGUUAACUUUAUCUGCUGCUAGAGAAUAUUUCAACUCCUCUACAAAUCUUAUGGAUUCUUGUAUGGAACUUGCCAGAUCAUGUCUCUCAUUAAUAACUGAUACUCCAGCUAUCAUUCAACAAGAAUUAGAUUUAAUUGCUUCCUUAGCCUUAUUAGAUGAUUUUGGUGUUGGUGUCUUACCACUUCAAGUACGGUUACAUUCUGAUAGAUUAACAUUAGUUAAAGAGGCAGCCAAUACCAGACCUAAUGCUUAUAAACAGUCAGAAAAGCUAUUGAAACUAGGACAUUUAUUAAGAGUUGAUUGUGAAGAUAAAAAUGAUCGAGAUGGUAAAAUAUUACUAAUAAUAGCUAAUGCUGCUAUCAAGAAUAAAGAUUUUACAGUAGCCUAUGAACUGUGUCAAAGAUUAUUAUUGUUGAAUUAUGGUCCAGGUUGGACAGCGUUAGUUGAUUUAGCUGAAGUUAAAGAAUUUACUAACAUCAAUGCCAAAAUUGAAUUGUUAUCAUAUGCAGUAGCUUAUUGUACACCAGAUAUGAUAGAACGUAUACUACAAGCUAGAUCUCUACUUGAAAGACAGAUAUUAUAUGAGAAAAUAAAUGGUACAAUAGAUCACAGCAGUGGAGAUAAUAAUCACCAUGAAAGCACAGAAGGCAAGAGGUUAUCUCCCUUUACUGCCCAGACGGCCAUUUUACAAGCCAAUCAAAUCUUGUCUUCUACAAGUAAAACAACAAAGGCUGUUUUGUCGUCUGUAACUGAUAAAAAAUGGUGGCAGGGUGCCAUAAAGACUUUAAAACAUCCUACAUCCAGACAGAAAAGUAUGGAAGAAAAAUACGAUGAUAAAAACGUGAAAAUGACUAAGUUGGGUUGUCAUCCAUUUUAUCAUACAGUUCUUCCUGAAGCCUAUUGUUCAUCAACAUACAUUGACUAUAGUAAUGGUGAAUUUGAAAUAAAUAGAGAUAUAGAAAUGAGUGAGACUAUACUACGUACAGCUAAAUUAGAAGAAAUUUUAACUGAGAACUCACAGCCUGUUAAUGAAGUGUUGUUGAAGUUAGCUGAAUCUGUAUUACCAUGUGAUACAUCGUUAGGUUUAGCAUAUCUCCUAGCUUUACCUCAUGUAAUGGAAUCAUCCAAGUGCUUUGAAGAAUUUCCUAGUACAGCUAUCUCUCUUCAACUAGCUGUUUAUUACUAUGCCUUACAAGUUUAUAGUCAUAUCAAACCCAAUACUGACCCUCAUCAAUAUAGUCUAUACCAGCAUGAUCCUAAUAUUAUCAUAGAGAAAGUCUUAACAUAUAUUAUGACCAGUAAGAAAUCAGCUUGGCCUAAAGAGAUAGAAGAAUUGAUACCCAAAUUGAAGAAUUACAGUGAAAUGUUAGAAGAUUAUAACCAAGCUAAAAUACUGAAGAAUCUUGGAAAAGGUGUGGAUGUUGUAAGGUUUACUGAUGAUCAAGAUUAUAAACAAGAAACAAUACUUGGUUUAGCUAUGAGUAUAGAAGAUGAUGUUUAUAAUAUCAGUAAAACUCUAGCUAAAAGAUAUGAUGUCUCUAUGUGGGAAGUGUAUAUGACUCAUUUAGAAUUUCUAUUUACUGACAGUGGAUUGAAAACAGAAGAACUUAAACAACAAGUACAGAAGAAAGAAUUGAUAAAAGAAUUAAGUACUAAUAUGGAAGAGUUUUGUAAGAGAAUGUACCAAUAUGUUUAUCCUAGUAUUGAUGGUACCGAUAACCAACGCUUACAGUACUAUUUCUUCUUAUUGAAUAACCAUCAAACAGCUGUUUUACGUGAUUUAUCACCAGAGGCUCAUAUGAAAUUAAUCAACAAAAUUAAAAUGCCUAAUUUAGACUAUAAAGAAUUGAUAAGUGAGAAGAAUGAUCCGCUAGAUAUUAUUGAACCAUUACUUUCUAAUGAAACUAUUAAUACAUUUGCUAGAUAUGCCUCAAGUAUACCAGCUGGGAAUGGUCAGUUUUUGGAUCCCAGCGUAAUCUAUAGAAUAUGGGCUGUGAAAUUAUUCUGGCAAGGUGAUUCCAAAACAACAUCUUCAAAAGCUAAGGUAAAUUGGAUAGAAAGAUAUGAAGCCUGUAAGAAAACUGUACAAGGAAUGCUACCUGAAGAUUUUCAACAGUUUAUAGAUGAAAUUGUCUUUUCUAAACCAUCUAGAGAAAGGCUUAGUUUAGAGAAUCGUAAAGCUAUAAUAGAAAGAGCUAUUAAAUUCUGUAAACAACCUACCAAAUUAAAAGACAAAUAUAAUUUAUAUUACUAUUUUAGUUCUGUAACAUGGGAAGAUGUAUUAUCAAAUCUACAAUAUAGAUUAUUACAUCUAGAUAAUCUAUCUAAUGAUGUAUUACGAUCAUUCAGUCAAGUUGAAGACCCUGUCUAUAUACAGUAUGCUGAGAUGUAUGAUUUAUCUGCUGGAAGACAAGACAAGUUAGAGAAGUUGUAUAUUAAGAUGAUGUUAGAUGGACAGACACCUGAUUUAGUCGAUGAUGUUUUACAAAUAUCACCUUUACCAGAGUUUACAGUUCAAACAGCUCUUCAAGAUUCUAUACAUUUACUAGAAGAUAAGAUAAGGGGAGAAGAUGUUUUAAAUAUAAAACAAGAUGACUGUUUAAAUUCAUUAGAAAUGAUUGUUACUAAUGUAAAAGAACAUGAAGAGAGUGGUGGGGAGUUGGUCAAAUCUGAAGAUAUUAUGGUAUUACUACGGCCAUUUUGUUCAGAUUCUACUGUUGGUGUUCAACCUAGAUUAGAUGUUUUGAAUAUUUUAGGAAAGAGUUUUGAUUUGAGUGAUGAAGAUAGUGUGUUAUUAAAUCUCUACAGAACUCAAGCUGUUUUAUCACAAGCCUCGACACAAAUACAGAUAACAGAAGAAGAUAUUAAGAAUGAAGAUAAUCGUAUUAAAUUAUUUAAUAAAAUAUUACAAGACAGUACUACAGCACCCCAAUAUACCACUAUUUGUCAACUACUCAAACUGUGGCCGACAAAAAUCAAAUAUGAAUUACAAGAUAAAGAAAGUAGUUUAUGGGUAAAGAUAUUUGAAGUUAUUAGUGAAGAUAUAUUAUGUAGUGGUUUGAUUGUAACAGUCGUAGAAGAUAUCUGUGAAAAUAAUGUUCCUCUUAAUCUAGAGUGUACCAGAUAUAUAUUUGAUAAGCUAGUUGAGAACACUAGAGGUAUAGAAGGUGUUAAACUAUUAUUACUAUCUCAACAUACAGACUUGUAUCAUCACGCUGUAGAGAUUUUAAAUCAUCAUAAACAGUGUACAGUAGAUAUUGAGCUUUUCAACCUUCUACUAAAACAUCAUCUAGUUUCUUCAUUGGUCUCAUCAAUCUACUAUCCUCUAUUACUGGAUGUUCUUAUUGAUGCUCAAUGUAGUCCAGAUCUACCAGAUCAUCUCAAACCUGAUGUGGUUGCUCAAGAAUUAAAAGCUAAAGGUUAUGAGGCUGAAGCAGGAAGUCUGCUGCUACGGGCAAGAUCUAGUCAUCCUAUUUUACAGACAUUUAGUUCUGCUUUUGGUGUGGUUGGUAAAUGGUUAAAAUCUUGAUUGUUUUGAAGAUGUUAUAAAGGGCUGAAACAAUUUAUAGCAGACGGACACUUCAGUUGAAUUUUCUUUGGAACAAAUUUUUUUUUCAAAUAAAUGAUAUUUGUGUCACUUUUGCCAACUUUAUAGAUGUAUGUAUUUUACUUUCAAAAUCAACUUUAGCCUAUAUCUUUUAAAAUUUUACGCGAUCACAUGAAACACCAGUGCCAACGGUUUUGAUCAAGGACCAUCUUCUUAAAAGAAUGGUCGGAACCUGAACUGAUAACUUUCUAAUUUAUUAAUGUGCUUUUCUACCUUGAUCAAGAGAAAAUGUAACCCGUGUCUGUACAGAAUUCAGACAAUUUACAUAUCAUGUGUAUAUCUAUCAUUAGAUUAACUGUUUCAGCCCUUGUGUUAUAUCUUGUUUAAUUAUUUUCAGAAGUCCUGUUAUAAAAUAAAUAAUUUA